AUGCUCCAUUCACGCAUCCGCCCUCUCCCUCGCCGCCAACCGGCGUCUGCGUCCACAAUCCCCACCGAGGCUGCCCCUCCGCCAGACUUCGACGAUAAAGACAACAACGACGACUCCUCUGCUGAGGACCUCUUCUCCGCCUUUCUCCCCCAUCUCUUUCCUGACGACGCGCCCUCCUUCCACGGAGACCCCGGCCAGCGCCUCCUGUACAGCUCCCCGCGCUACGGCGACCUCGAGAUUAUGGUGCCCUCGUACCCCAGCCAGAGCGAACGCCGCACGGAGGAGAUCGCUGCCGGCCUACCCUCCGAAGACGGCAGCGUGAAUGCUGUCGACGAGGGCCGCAAGCUAUUUGCGCAUUUCCUCUGGAGCGCCGCGAUGGUGGUCGCCGAGGGCGUGGAAAAGGCUGACACCCUCGCCGCGCGGGGCGAGCUCGACCCCGACACGGCUAUGUGGACGGUACGCGACGAGCGCGUGCUAGAACUCGGCGCUGGCGCUGCGUUGCCUUCUGUUAUAUGUGCGCGUGCGCACGCUGCUGCUGUCACCAUCACCGAUCACCCGUCGUCGCCAGCAUUAACCGGCGCUAUCGAGUUUAACGUUCGUCGUAAUCUGGCGACUACACAAACAAAAAUCACGAGCCAGCCGCAUGAAUGGGGCACGCUGGAAUCGGACCCGUGGGCUGUCGCGCACCGCGGUACCUUUACCCGCAUUAUCGCGGCCGACUGUUACUGGAUGCGCUCGCAGCAUGAGAACCUAGUGCGCACAAUGAACUGGUUCCUGGCGCCGGGCGGGAGGGUCUGGGUCGUGGCAGGGUUCCACACGGGGCGUGCUAUUGUCUCGUGGUUCUUUGAGACGGCCGUGCAGAAUGGACUGGAGAUCGAGCGCAUCCACGAGCGGGAUCUUAUUUCAACAACCGAGGAUGGAGGUGAGGUGCGGCGGGAGUGGAUGCCCGAGCGUGAAGGCUUUAUUCCCGUCAAUAUAUAG